GCCAGGCGGGGACGUACCAGAGUGCAGGGGUGUCGCAGUCAGAGCGGUCCGGUUUAGUAAGUGGGUGAAAGGUCCACAGUCAGGAGUGACAGCAGCUCACAAACACACCUCACAGGGAAUCAAACACACAGUAAAAAUGUCCAAACAGAAGCAGCAGCCGAUCAGUCCUCUGAAGAACUUCUUCGCUGGAGGCUUUGGAGGUGUUUGCCUCGUCGCAGCCGGACACCCUCUCGACACCAUUAAGGUGCGUUUACAGACCCAACCCAAACCCAAGCCUGGAGAGAGACUCAUCUAUGCUGGAACCAUCGACUGUUUUAAAAAGACCUUAGCCAAAGAGGGUUUUAAAGGACUCUAUAAAGGCAUGGCAGCCCCGAUCAUCGGGGUCACACCCAUGUUUGCUGUCUGUUUCUUUGGAUUUGGAAUGGGCAAGAAGCUCCAACAGAAAACCCCUGAUGAUAUCCUCACGUAUCCUCAGCUGUUUGCUGCAGGGAUGUUGUCUGGUGUGUUCACCACGGCCAUCAUGGCUCCUGGAGAGCGCAUCAAAUGCCUCCUACAGAUCCAGGCAACGACAGGAGAGGUGAAGUAUACGGGACCCAUGGACUGUGUGAAACAGCUCUACAAACAGUCUGGGAUCAGAGGGCUCUACAAAGGCACCGCUCUGACUCUCAUGAGAGAUGUUCCUGCCAGUGGGAUGUACUUCACGUCCUAUGAGUGGUUGAAGAACGUCCUCACACCUGCAGGAAAAAGCCACAGCGAGCUCAGCAUUCCCAGUGUGCUGUUCGCUGGGGGCAUGGCCGGCAUCUUUAACUGGGCCGUCGCAAUUCCAGCCGACGUACUGAAGUCUCGUUUCCAGACAGCUCCUGAUGGAAAAUAUCCCAAUGGUUUCCGGGAUGUUCUGCGGGAGCUGGUCAGAGAGGAGGGCGUGGGAUCUCUGUAUAAAGGCUUCAAUGCAGUCAUGCUUAGAGCUUUCCCUGCAAACGCUGCUUGUUUCUUAGGGUUUGAGAUGGCGAUGAAGUUCCUGAACUGGUUAGCACCGGAUCUGUGAUGAAGACUCUGCUUCGCCUUCAUAAUUGAAAUCAAGGAACAGUGCUCAUUAUGCAAUGCAGUUAUUAGCAGCACGCACACACAAACACACACUCGGUGAAUCACAAAGAGAUUUUUCCAGUUUCCAAUAAUGUGCUUGAUUAUCUUUAAGGUAUGUAAGGGCACUUGGAUCUUUCAGACCUGCGGUGGAUUCAGCAGAGAUGUUAUAGCUUGGCACCAAUACACAUACACACACACACACACACACACACACACACACACACACACACACACACACAGACAGUCGAUUGUUCUCACUCCUUUUUGCUUUACUUGUUUUCUUUAAAGGGUGUUAUUUUUUAUAUAAGAAAAGGAGUGAAGUGAACAUGUCGUGCCUUACCUUUCUGUUAUCUGCGAGCAGGUUUAAAUAUCAGGGAAAAGGUGCUCUGUGUUCAGUCUCUCAGCAAUACAACACUUCCUGUGAAGUCAGCCUCCACUCAGCGACACCGAUGCUAGCUACAAAUUCUGUUUGAUUUAAUGUGAAAUAUGAGAGUAGUCAUACUGAGAUUGAUUGAACAGUUUAUGAAUGUCAUCAUGUAAAAAAAUAAAAGCAUAAUCCAUAUUUAGAAAAA